UUUCUGACUCCAACCACAACUGUGAUUGUUUUUAGUUUGUUAACUGCCUGGGAGUGUUAUUUUAAGAAAGCAGAAGCACCAUCAUUUGCACAGUCCUUAUAGAUCACACACCUUAGCCCUGACUUUUCAGCUUCGGUUUCUCAAAAGGAUUGAAGUCAAGAUGAGGAGCCCUUUGUUUUUCUGUGGAGUCCUAGCCAUUUUUGUUAAGGCUGUUCUGGUAACAGCCCAAGAUGAAGAUGGAGUGACUGUUCUUGCUGACAACAAAUGUCAGUGUGCCCGGAUCACUUCCAGGAUCAUCCCUUCUCCCGACAACCCUAAUGAAGACAUUAUAGAGAGAAACAUCAGAAUUGUUGUUCCUCUAAACAACCGGGAGAAUAUCUCUGAUCCCACCUCACCAGUGAGAACCAGUUUUGUGUACCAUUUGUCUGACCUCUGUAAAAAAUGUGAUCCUGUAGAAGUGGAGCUGGAUAAUCAAAUAGUUAUUGCCUCCCAGAGCAAUCUCUGUGAUGAAGACAGUGAGACCUGCUACACAUACGACAGAAACAAGUGCUACACAAAUUGGGUCCCAUUUACGUAUGGCGGUCAGACCAAAAUGGUGGAAACAGCCUUGACCCCGGAUUCCUGCUACCCUGACUAAUUUAAGUCAUUGCUGACUGCACAGCUCCUUUUCUUGAAAGGCUCUUCAUUUUGAUCCAGAAAGUUCAUGUAUUUACUACCAAUGAAUUUGAAGCAGUGAUUUUUUUGUUAAUAUAAAGCUACCCCCCAAAUAGAAAUAGUAAUAUUAUUACUUUUAUUGAAAUUACUUUUCAACUAUAUGUUCUCACUCUAAGUAUUGAGAUCUCUCAUAGUCCUUGCCCAGAGGGUUAUACGACCUUGAGAAUUUAAUUUCUAGUAUUUAAAAAUAGACAAGAGGAGAAAACAAAACUCAAAGAGUAAAAAUAAGAAGACAUAAUCAAAUUUCACUUUUUUUUUUUUUGGCCUUGCCUUGGAGAGCCAGAGCUUUCGCACUUUCCACCCUCUUCUCUUUUUAAAAAGUAUCACUGUGCAGAGAAAAUUCGUGUGUAAACAUAGGUCAAUUACAUGUCUUCACUAGAAAAAUAAUAAUUGGAAAACACGUUUUGGAAAUAAUUGCAAAAAUAAUUUAAAAUGGGAUCUCCAUUUGUGAAACCAAUUAGCUACAAGUGACAUAAUUAAAUUGAAAAAAUAUAUUUUGACGUAGUACAGAUUUGGUGGAAGACGAUACAGACUCUUUUUGAUGAUCAGCAGACUGUAAGACAUUCCCAUUGGAAAUCAUCUAUCUUGUAACUGUAUCUGAUGAAGUAUGUAUCCAAAACAUGUAUUCUCUAGCACAGCUUAAACAAUUAAAUAGAUUCAUAAGCAUA